AGUACAUACUCAUACAAUUGACAAUGAUGUUACCCUGUGCCUCCAAUCUUAGAUCAACAAUUCUUGCAACAUGAAUAUGAUUACAAAAACUAAUUAUUCUCUUCAUAUUUCAUGAAUUGGUUAUCGUACUGCAUUUUCGUAACUCCCGUUGCCUCUACGCUUUUGGUACCUACGCAAUUUACCAGAUGUUCUAAUAAAAUUUCGUUUUCGUAACAAAUGUUGUCGGCUUGAUCAUGUCAUUAGAUAGUGCCACUUUUUACUAAUUUGAAAAUUAUGUCAGUACUAUUUUUAUUCAAUAAAGAGUAUGGCCUUGUUAGUGCAAGGAAGUAGGUGAAAACGUCAUCUUUGGUACAUUGACAAUGAUGAAGAAAGCAGGUGUUGCGUCGCGUCCGACCGCGGCACCGAAGGAUGCCAAGGCUGGCGCUGCCAAAGCGAAGGCAUCAGUGAAACCCAAAGUGCCUGCGGUGGCCGCGAAACUCAAAGUUGCAGUGAAAGCACCCGCGACAGCCGCCUCCAACGUGGGAUUGAGAAAGCCAGGACUGCCUGCUUCAGCGACCACUGCAAAGAAAGGCACAGUCGCAGCUUCAAAGUCUCCGGCGAAGGAAGCAAAAACGCCUUCUCCCGUUGCGCAAGCAGGGAAAGCGCCACCGCAAUCGAAGGAAGCAGAAGGCGAGGCAGCAGUGCACAACGGUGUCUUGUCGAAGGAUGACGAUUUGCCUUCUCAAAAAGAUCAAGAAGCUUCUCCGGACAUGGCUAACCCCUCUGUCAAAAGACUUUUUAGGGCUUCCACCCGCGGCCGCAGUGUAGAAGAGCCAUCAUCAGGCGAAUCUGAUGCUGAUAAGGAAGGGCAGACGCGAUCCGUAUUUAUAUUGUUUUUUUUUUCAAUCUGAGCGGAAUCCUCUGAUGUUGUCCUCGCACUCCUUUCUUCUAGGUUUUGUCAACACAUGUGGUGGUCAUACUAGAGUUCUUUCGAAGUAGCAUUGAGGAUUCCCCGUUUUCGUUCGACAGUAUCGCACGCGCGUCAAACCGAGUGCACAUGAUACAGGUUUGCGCGCAUUCUUCAUCUAGGGGGGCAUUCGACGUGUAGCCUAUCAACUUUUUUAGUGACUGGUGAUCAUGGAGGGUUGAUUAAAUCAAUUCCAAUUCUCUGAAUCAAUGAGGCAUGCUUGGCACUCUUGUGGUGCUCAAGAUUGUCUUACCACACCUACAAAAAACCUAACGGAACGUUGUUACAGGAGGAAAAGGCAACGGAUGCACUGAAAGCAUCACGCAGAAGCUCUUUGUAUAAACGCGAACUUGCGGCGGGCAUAUUCCAAGGUUUACCCCAGCCGUCACCACCACGUGCGAGUGCAGUCGGAAUUCCGGGAAACACAAACUUUGUCCCAGAACCGCCAGCCAGACCGUCUCUGCGAAGGGCGUCGUCAGCACCUCGCUUGUCCGUAGCCAAGCGAGCGAGCGUAAGUGGACCUAUCGCGCCCUCGCCUUCGCGAGAACACCCUGGCAUGGUGUCUCCGCCGAGUAUGUCAGUGGACAAGAGUGCGUCGGCACGGGAGAUGCCGCUGCGAAAGUCUCGGCAGGCGACUCACAUAGAAGAAGAUGCAACGCGCCACGGAUCCGGAAAAGGGACCAAGUACGACGAUAUCGCGACGCCAAAGCCGCAGUUUCUGAACUACACUUACGGCAUAAUUGAGAACAGUGACGUUCUUAGAUUAGCAUAUUUGUCGUUGUAUCGUCCUCGGAUUUUUUUCCAUGAAGAUGAAUUGAAGAUGUAGCUGUCAUUGUCCUAAGUAGAGGAAAAAGAAGGCACACUCGAGAUGCUCUGUUCGGGGAUGUUAAUAUGGUAUUUUCUCUAAGAUCUCCAGCUGAAAAAGAACGCAGAAAUCGGUUACCAGAAGAAGCUAAUCAAAAGACAGGAUUCGGCUCUGGCGAAAAAACCGAGCCGCCGCUACACGGUUAUGAAGAGGAAGAUGCUCGAAAAAGCCAUGCGCCGCUUGAGCGAGAUGACGAUGGAGGAUGAGACUGAAACCGAUGAAGAAGGAAACAAGCCAGCGGCCCGGAAUGGUGACGUCCAAGAAUCCGAAGAGGAAGAGGAGGACGGCGAUGGUGAUUAUGAUAAGCAUUUCAGCGACGAAAAUCCAGAACAGGCUGUCACGUUUGAUGAGGCUCCAGAUGACCGAUACGAAGUGCGGCGACGAUCCAAAGCCUUUCGCGCGUCACAGGCGAGUGUACGCAGUCGGUCGAGUACAGUAAGCAGCCUAAGAGAAUUACCGGACGACGGCGAAAGCGUGCAACUUCCGGGUCGCAAGAGCGGGGGACGCAGCGAGAUUCGACCUCGAGUGGAUAAAGGGCCACAGGCUCCUGCAGAAGUCGGAACCGCCUUGGAGACGCUCACAAGACUGUCGCAGGCAAUUGCAGACACAACGGCAGUGCAUCCUGCCGCGGGCGCUCUCCUCGCGAGUUCGUUAUUGGCAAAAAUACACGACUCACGCGACGAAGAUUCCCCGAAGGCUGGCGGCGCUCCCGCCGGCAGCCCAAAAGGUACGAGGAUUCGUUCGUCUUCAGCGACUGUGCCUGCGGACCGGGACCGAAGUUUGUCCACCGCCUCGGUCGCAUCGACGAAGUCACGGGUCGCAUUCGCGCCGUCGCCAGACGAGGAGGUGGACGCCAGGCGGGGAUCCGCAGCCUCGACUGCAUCGACCUCGUCGUCGCGGUCGCGGGUAGCCUUUGCUCCGAUGUCGCCGCGGGAGGAACGUCCGGAGAGACGAAGCAAGUGGGGUCUGGAUCGCUCCGCGAUUGCAAGACGAUCGAGUAGGGGUGGAGCGGCGCUCGAGAUGGACCCCGACUACCAAAGGCUGAUGCGGCGGCGCAGCACGAAGUUGCAACGGAAUACUCAGUACCAAACGCUGAUGCAAAGGGCGACUACUCGUGAGAGCGUCAUGCCGCCAAUGGAUGACACAUCUUCUCGCAGGAGCAGCCGGCGAAGCAGGACCAGUACCUACGGCGAGGAAGUGAACUCGGAUAUCAACAACCUCAUAGGUCGCUUGGAGGCGCUUACGGCUGCGACGGAGUACGUUCUCGAGGAGAGCAGUGAAGAAGACGAGGAUUUGGAAGACGAAGACGAAGACUUUCUAGAAGAUAAACGUCGAUCACAGGUACUACUAUUAAAGGCUUGACACGUCUCCUCUCCUGCGUAAUGAUAGCAGGCGGAAGCUUAAAAGUUUUGAGAGUCUCAUUGCACACUUUUCUCAUUGCACAACUUUGAACACAUUUUUGAGCGACGCCAUAGAGUAUGGUCAAUAUGAAGCACAUUUUUUCAUUUUGUUAGGUGCCCACCGCGAAUAGCGCGUGCAACGUUGGUACAUACGAAAGACAUUCUCUUCGAUUUAACUCUGAACAGGUAAGCAUGUCGGAUGCUCGGCAUUGCGCUGCGGAUAAUGAUCUCACCCGCAUCAGUAACACGUCAUUAGAUCCUAGGCAGUGGGGGAUUGAGAGGAGCAGUUUGCUUGACCGCGUUGCUGAUUUGGCUGAUAAGCUCGAAGACGCGCAAGCGGCUGCGGACGACGAGGAGGCAGUGGACGAGGCGGCGCUCGAGGAUGAGCGUGAAAAGCAGUCGGUGGCAUUCGAUCCUUCAGCCGUGCCCAGAAAAAGCAUCUUGCGUAACAGCACCGCGCCAGUUCCAGGCCUCGCGAUGCUGGACAACACAAUCAGAGAGCAGGAGUCCGAUACGAAGAAUUCCCCGAAAACACCGAAGCAACCCGGUGUCUCUUUUCCCACAACGUCGUGGGCGCACAUGGAUAAGCACAUGAUGCUGGGGGGGCACGACGUGGGAGGCGACACUGCUAAUGGUACAGCCAUGAUGGACGCGUCAAAGGAUAAGCUUCCCGAGAGGUCAUCAGCAAAGCCGGGGCCCGAAGUUCAGCGCGUGAUUCCCAAGGUGGGCGGCGGAGAUCGCACUUUCGCCCCUGCCUACCGCGCCUCCGUAUCACGUUACAGUACCAUGACUACAUCGAAUAUGAUGGACGAGCUUCCCACAUCAAACCUCAGAAAUGGCGGAGUGACAUCGCACGGAGCGGCGGCUAGACAAAACGGACAGAUUAGAGGUAGUAGACAGUCUUUGGCUGCUAGACGAGUCUCGAUUGCCCGUGGCAAGCGAUAUGCGGUCGAAGACAAAGAAGAGGAUUCGCCACGCAGCGCCGAGUCGGUCGAUCGCAAAAGGGUUUCUUUCUCGGCUAGCGACCGCAAUGUUGCGAGUGUCAAGCUCAACCCAUCUCCGGUGCCGCAGGUGAGCAGAGAGAGGGCAAAGUCACCCUUCACCAUCGUGCAUAGACAGAAAGAGGCGCGACCGCGCGGCUCAGCCGAAAUGGGUCACAUGAUGUUGUUUCCUUCCUCGGGGCCAAGGAAGUCGUCGAUGCGGCAUGCCCACUAGACUGAGAAGAACUGUCAGGAGCAGCAGUGUCUUCACUGGCACGUCCGUGACGGCAAAAGUCGCGUCUUUUUCUUUUUGAGCUGUGUUCCUAACAUCUUGCUCUGCCGUUGUAGUAGCCCGAUUCGGUCGAAUACGAAUUGAAAUAUUUAUAGCGCGCAUUUGAUUCCGUAGAAAAAUGAUCUGUCUUGCUUCCUCUAGAUGGAGGUCAAGAGGCACAUUAGAAACUUCUUGGUCAAAUCUGGUUUGAUGAUUUACUUUACGUCGCAUGAGCAUUUAGCUUUCGCAAAAAGAACUUUUUUCCUAAGUACUUCUUGUAUUUGAUUCUAUUCCAAUCAUGGGAUUUUUGGGUAUUGGUUACAAUGAUUUCUUCUGUACUACCACCAUUGCAAAGAUCUGUAGCAAGCAACGCAUACGCAGUUUGGAAAUAACGCAUAAAGAUAGGAGACAGCCUUUGCGAAACUUCUACAAGGUCAAUAUACCGUCUGGAU